AUGAUCGAGGCCCAGGAAACCCUGACAUUUGACGAUGUGGCCGUGGACUUCACGUGGGAGGAGUGGCAGUUCCUGGCCCCUCCUCAGAAGGACCUGUACCGGGACGUGAUGCUGGAGAACUAUAGCAACCUGCUAUCUGUAGGUUUUCAAGCCAGCAAACCAGACAUACUCUCCAAGUUGGAUCAAGGAGAACCAUGGAUGAUGGAAGAUGAAAUCCACUGUCAAACCCAUUCAGAAGUCUGGAAAGUUGAUAAUCACCUGCUGGAGCACUUACAAAAUGAGAGCAUGGAGAAGAGACUAGAACAAUGGCACGAACAGAACCCACUGGAAUAUUCUGUUCAUCGGAGCAGAACUCAUUUUCUGUUCAGGCAAAAUCAUGGUAUGUUUGACUUACAUGGAAAAAGUAUGAAAUCAAAUUUAACCUUACUUUCCGAGAGCAGGAGCUAUGAAAUAAAGAGCCCUGCUGAGUUUACUGGAGAAGUCAGAUCCUGUCUCCAUGCUGACAAUGAACAAUUUCAUACUGAAAUUAAAUUCCCCAAAAGCCAAAAACUCAUCAACACUAAGUCCCAAUUCAUCAAGCAUCAGAAAACUCAAAAAAUAAAGAAAUCUCAUGUAUGUGGUGAAUGUGGGAAAGCUUUCAUCAAAAAAUCUUGGCUCACUGAUCACCAGAAUCUUCAUACAGGAGAGAAGCCCCAUCGAUGUAAUCUAUGUGGGAAAGCCUUCUUCAGAAAGUUCAAGCUCACUGAACAUCAGAGAACGCAUACAGGAGAGAAACCUUAUGAAUGUACUGAAUGUGGUAAAGCUUUCCUCAAGAAAUCAGGGCUCAGUGUCCAUCAGAAAACCCAUACCGGGGAGAAACCAUUUAUAUGCAGCGAAUGCGGAAAGGGCUUCAUCCAGAAGGGAAAUCUUAUGGUGCAUCAACGGAUUCACACAGGCGAGAAACCUUAUAUAUGCAAUGAAUGUGGAAAAGGCUUCAGCCAAAAGACGUGCCUCACAGCACACCAGAGAUUUCACACAGGAACGACUCCCUUUGUGUGCGGGGAAUGUGGAAAAACCCUUUCCCAGAAGACAGGUCUCAUUAAACACCAAAGGACUCACACAGGAGAGAAACCCUUUGAAUGCAGCGAUUGUGGGAAAGGCUUUAUUGAGAAGCCGCAGCUCGUUAUCCAUCAGAGAAUCCAUACAGGGGAGAAACCCUAUAGAUGUAGUGAAUGUGGGAAAUCAUUCAGAGGGAAGUCAGUCCUCAAUAAACAUCAGAAAACUCACUCAGUCAAGGUGGAAAAUCCUCCCUUAGAGGGUCACAGGUCCUCACAGAGCAGUGUUGUCCUCCAAGAGAAAAACCUGAAUACAGUGACAAUGCAGGUACCUUCUGUGGUCCCUCAGACAUCAGUCAACAUCAGUGGGCUCCUAGCAAACAGGAAUGUAGUCAUAGUGGGACAGCCUGUGGCCAGAUGUGCACCCGCAGGAGAAAGCAGAGGGUUGGCACAGGAGAGAACCCUUAUGAAUGCAGUGAAUGUGGUUGUGCCUUCAGUGGUCAAUUAUAUUUUAUUUUAUGUCACAGAAAACCAUUUGUUUUCCCUUGACCUUCUGGCUCCCACAGGACUCGAAGUUUCCGUGUUUUGUGCAGGACCUGACCGCCGCCUUUACAACGUGUCUCAACUCCUACAAACUUCGUUGACCGUCCCAACUUUCCUCCUAACACUAGCUCCUCGGGUCUCUGCUGAACGGAAAUGCACUUCCUGUAAGAUGGCCGCCCCCUUGGUGCUCCUCCGUCGUGGUUCACGGGCGCCGCCAUCUCUCUCGUGUUGCCCAAAAGACAAAAUAGAAUCCAGCUGGCGCCGCCACGGCCUUGGAUAG